AUGUCUUCAUUAUCUGAUAAGAAAAAUGUUUAUGAACUAACUACAGAUCUAGAAAGAAACUCCGGUUCUUUCAUCAACAGUAAUACUCAUUCUAGCUCGCCAAACGAUGAUAACGAUGUCAAGAUAGCUAUAACGUAUUCAGGUGAUGAAGAAACACCUUACAUAAUAGAAAGUUCAGAACCAGCAAAACUUUCCAUCUUUAAUAGAAUAGCAUCACAAUUAAAUGCAGAAACGAACGGUGUGGAACCAAUCACUGAUGAAGAGAAAACUGAUGAUUCCUUGUUGAAUGCUUCUUCAAUGUGGUUUUCCGCAAAUUUAGUCAUAGCGGCAUAUGCUCUAGGUGGGUUAGGUCCAUUAGUCUAUGGUUUAAAUUUUGGUACCAGUGUCCUUGUUAUUGUUUUUUUCAAUAUUCUAGGUUUAUUAUCUGUGGCAUUUUUUUCUGUAUUUGGUGCAGAGUUUGGAUUAAGACAAAUGAUUUUAUCACGUUUCCUACUGGGGAACAUAACUGCUAGAGUUUUUGCAGUGAUUAAUAGUGUUGCAUGUGUGGGUUGGGGUGUUGUCAAUACACUUGCAUCAGCUCAAUUGUUGAAUAUGGUUAAUCAUACAAGUGGUCAUAGUUGUCCUAUCUGGGCCGGUUGUUUAAUCAUUGUCGGCUGUACAGUAUUGGUCACAUUUUUCGGUUAUAACAUUAUUCACGCUUAUGAAAGAUGGUCAUGGGUACCAAAUUUGGCUGUUUUCUUAGUUAUCAUUGCAAGGUUAUCUAAAUCUGGGAACUUCUCUGGUGGUGAAUGGACUUCCGGUCCAAAUACUGCUGCUAGUGUGUUAUCAUUCGGUUCUGCAGUUUAUGGGUUUGCUACAGGUUAUACUACAUUUGCAGCUGAUUAUACUGUCUAUAUGCCACGUAGUACCAACAAAUAUAAGAUUUUCUUCUCUAUUGUUGCAGGUCUAUCAUUCCCAUUAUUCUUCACUAUGAUAUUAGGUGCUGCCUGUGCUAUGGGUGCUGUUAAUAACCCAGCUUGGAAAGCCUACUAUGAUACUAAUGGUAUGGGUGGUGUUACAUACGCAGUAUUGGUUCCAAAUUCUCUUCAUGGUUUUGGUGAAUUUUGUUGUGUUCUUUUAGCUAUGUCUACUGUAUCUAACAAUAUCCCAAAUAUGUAUACAGUUGCGCUAUCUGUCCAGGCUAUAUGGUCACCUUUAUCCAAGGUCCCAAGAGUUGCGUGGACGAUGAUGGCCAAUGCUGCCACUUUCGGUAUUGCUGUUCCUGCAGGCUAUUACUUUGAUGGGUUUAUGGAAAACUUCAUGAAUACUAUUGGUUACUAUUUGGCUAUUUACACUGCAAUUUCAUUAUCUGAACAUUUUAUUUACAGACAUGGAUUCAAAGGUUACAACAUUGAAGAUUGGAAUGAUACUUCUAAAUUGCCAAUUGGUAUUGCUGGAUGUUGUGCUUUAGUUGUAGGUGCAUUUGGUGUUGCAUUAGGGAUGAGCCAAACAUAUUGGACAGGUGAAAUUGCUGUCUUAAUUGGUGACUUCGGUGGUGAUAUCGGGUUUGAAUUAGGUGCUAGUUGGGCAUUCAUAGUAUACAAUAUUUUGAGACCGUUAGAAAUAAAAUACUUCGGUCGUUAG